AUGUCCUCCGCCCACAUGAGCCAUGGCUCUUCCACGCCAGAGGUGACGCGUGAGGAUGAUAGCACCUCGGGCCAGAAGCAGCGCUCGGCGCCGACGAUACAGCAGCAGCAACAGCAGCAGCAGGAUGCCAAGGCAGCAUCGUCAUCAUCAUUCAACCGAACACGCACAUUAGACUAUGUCUGGAGGUCAGGCACUGCCGGUGGACUAGCUGGAUGCGCAGCCAAGACGGUUGUCGCUCCGCUCGACCGAGUCAAGAUCCUCUUCCAAGCGAGCAAUCCUCAAUUCGCAAAAUACACGGGCUCUUGGUUCGGCGUUGUAAGGGCCAUGAAGGACAUAUACGCCCAGGACGGCCCCCGAGGCCUGUACCGUGGCCACUCGGCCACGCUCCUCCGCAUAUUUCCGUACGCAGGUAUCAAGUUCCUCGCCUACGAGCAGAUCCGUGCUAUGAUCAUACCGACAAAGAAUCACGAGACACCGCUACGACGCAUGGUCAGUGGCAGCCUCGCGGGCGUCACGUCCGUCUUCUUCACGUACCCCCUCGAGGUGAUACGUGUGCGCCUCGCUUUCGAGACCAAGCACGAGGGGAGGUCAUCUCUUUCAUCAAUAUUCCGCCAGAUAUAUCACGAGCAGCCCAUACAAAAACCGGCAACGCCGCACCUUGCGGCACAUGGCGCUGGCUCUGUGACAGCGGCUGCCGAUGCUGCUGCUGCUGCCGCCGCCGCCGCCGCGCCGCGUAGUGGCCUCGUCAAUUUCUACCGCGGCUUCGGCCCCACGCUCCUGGGAAUGCUCCCGUACGCGGGCAUCUCGUUCCUGACCCACGACACGGUCAGCGACUUACUUCGCCACCCCUCCAUCGCGGCACAUACGACCCUCACAACGUGGGACGGUCAGUCCCAUCACCCUAGCGGCAAGGCGGCACCCCUCCGGUACUGGGCCGAGCUGUUUGCCGGCGGCGUCUCGGGGCUCGUCUCCCAGACGGCAUCGUACCCUCUCGAGGUCAUUAGGCGGCGCAUGCAGGUCGGCGGUGUCGUGGGCGAUGGCCACCGUCUGGGUCUUGGCGAGACGGCCGGCAGGAUCUUCCGUGAGAAGGGCUUCCGGGGUUUCUUUGUCGGACUGACUAUCGGAUACGCCAAGGUGAUUCCCAUGGGAGCCGUGAGCUUCUACACCUAUGAGCGUUUGAAACUGCUCUUUGGAAUCUAA